CCUGUGCGGCUCCUCCCUCGGUGAGCGCGCGCCAUCCAAUGAGAGGCGACUUCCACUGCGCGUUGGCUUUUGCCGUCUCAAAACACGCAUACACCGCCACGCGCGCGCACACCCCAGCCAGCCUGUCCUCCACACGCAGAUACAGCACGAGCAUCUCUGUGUGAAAAGCGAACCAUGGCCGAGGGAGGAGAAGGCGAGGAUGAAAUCCAGUUCCUGCGAACUGACGAUGAAGUGGUCCUCCAGUGCUCAGCCACAAUCCACAAGGAACAACAGAAACUCUGUCUGGCUGCUGAAGGCUUUGGAAACAGACUGUGCUUCCUUGAAUCCAUCUCCAACUCCAAGAAUGUGCCUCCAGAUCUGUCCAUCUGCACUUUUGUGUUGGAGCAGUCGUUGUCGGUACGAGCCCUUCAGGAGAUGCUGGCCAACACCGAGGAUAAGGCUGAGGGGACGGCCCAGAGUGGCGGCCAUCGCACCUUACUGUACGGACACGCUGUGCUGCUGCGGCACUCCUACAGUGGAAUGUAUCUGUGCUGUCUGUCCACCUCCCGCUCAUCCACAGACAAACUGGCUUUUGAUGUCGGACUGCAGGAAGAUACCACAGGCGAGGCAUGCUGGUGGACCAUCCAUCCAGCGUCAAAGCAGCGGUCAGAGGGUGAGAAGGUUAGAGUGGGAGAUGAUCUCAUCCUGGUCAGCGUCUCCUCUGAAAGAUAUCUGCAUCUGUCCUACGGUAAUGGCAGUCUCCAUGUUGAUGCUGCCUUUCAGCAGACACUAUGGAGUGUGGCUCCCAUCUGCUCUGGCAGUGAAGUAGCACAAGGUUUCCUGAUAGGAGGGGACGUCCUGCGCCUCCUUCACGGUCACAUGGACGAGUGUCUGACUGUUCCGUCUGGGGAGCAUGGGGACGAGCAAAGGAGGACAGUGCACUAUGAGGGGGGAGCAGUGUCCAGUCAUGCCAGGUCCCUGUGGAGGCUGGAGACACUGCGGGUUGUGUGGAGCGGGAGUCAUAUCCGCUGGGGUCAGCCGUUCAGACUGAGACACGUGACCACGGGGAAGUAUCUGAGUCUGAUAGAAGACAAAUCUUUGCUGCUGAUGGACAAAGAGAAAGCCGAUGUCAAGUCUACAGCCUUCUGCUUCAGGUCCUCCAAGGAAAAGUUGGACCCUGGUGUGAAGAAGGAGGUGGAUGGGAUGGGUGUUCCCGACAUUAAGUAUGGCGACUCUGUGUGUUACAUUCAACAUAUUGACACCUUCCUGUGGCUCACAUACCAGACCAUUGACGCCAAGUGUGCACGCAUGGGUGGAGUACAGAGAAAGGCCAUCAUGCACCAUGAGGGUCACAUGGACGACGGGCUGACGCUGUCCCGCUCACAACACGAGGAGAGUCGCACUGCCAGGGUUAUCCGCAGUACUGUGUGUUUGUUCAACCUCUUCAUCAGGGGUCUAGACACACUAAGGAAAAAGGGGAAGAGCUCCACUCUUGAGCUACCAAUAGAUUCGGUCAGUCUGAGUCUGCAGGAUCUGAUUGGCUACUUCCAUCCACCUGGAGAUCACCUGGAACAUGAAGACAAGCAGAACCGACUGAGAGCCCUGAAGAACCGGCAGAACCUCUUUCAGGAAGAGCGAAUGAUCAGCCUGGUGCUGGAGUGUAUUGAUCGUCUUCACGUCUACAGCAGUGCGGCUCAUUUUGCUGAGACAGUAGGAAGGGAGGCAGGAGAGGCCUGGAGCUCCAUCCUCAACUCCCUCUACCAACUACUGGCUGCUCUGAUCAGAGGAAACAGGAAGAACUGUGCUCAGUUUUCCGGUUCAUUGGACUGGCUGAUCAGCAGACUGGAGAGACUGGAGGCCUCUUCAGGUAUACUAGAGGUGCUUCACUGUGUGCUGGUGGAGAGUCCUGAGGCGCUGAACAUAAUCAAAGAGGGACACAUCAAAUCCAUUAUAUCUCUGCUGGACAAGCAUGGACGCAACUACAAGGUUCUAGAUGUGUUGUGCUCACUGUGCGUUUGUCACGGUGUAGCAGUGCGCUCCAACCAGCACCUGAUCUGUGAUAACCUGCUGCCAGGAAGAGAACUGUUACUGCAGACCCGCCUGAUCAACCACGUAAGCAGCAUGCGUCCCAACAUCUUCCUGGGAGUCAGUGACGGCUCUGCUCAGUACAGGAAGUGGUACUACGAGCUGAUCGUGGAUCAGGCGCUGCCGUUCGUCACAGCAGAGGCUUCUCACCUCAGGAUAGGCUGGGCCAACACCAGUGGUUACGCCCCCUAUCCCAGCGGGGGCGAAGGGUGGGGUGGCAACGGGGUGGGCGAUGACCUCUACUCCUACGGCUUUGAUGGACUCCAUCUCUGGUCAGGCUGCAUUGAGCGAACUGUUACCUCACCCAAUCAGCAUCUUCUGAGAGCAGAGGAUGUGGUGAGCUGCUGCCUGGACCUCAGUGUGCCCAGUAUCUCCUUCAGGAUCAACGGGCAGCCGGUUCAGGGCAUGUUUGAGAACUUCAACUCUGACGGCCUCUUCUUCCCUGUGGCCAGCUUCUCUGCAGGAGUCAAGGUGCGUUUCCUCCUCGGGGGUCGUCAUGGGGAGUUUAAGUUCCUCCCUCCUCCGGGUUACGCUCCUUGCUACGAGGCGGUGUUGCCCAGGGAGAAGCUGAAGCUGGAGGCCAGUCAGGACCAGACUGCAGCCAAAGACCUGCUGGGACCCACCAUCACCUUGAGCCAGGCAGCAUUCACCCCCACACCUGUGGACACCAGCCAGAUUGUGCUGCCGCCUCACUUGGAGAGGAUCAGGGAGAAGCUUGCAGAAAACAUCCAUGAACUGUGGGUGAUGAACAAGAUAGAACUGGGCUGGACUUACGGUGCAGUGCGAGAUGAUAACAAGCGGCAACACCCCUGUCUGGUGGAGUUCGCCAAGCUCCCUGAACAAGAACGGAGCUACAACUUACAGAUGUCUCUGGAGACUCUGAAAACUCUCCUGGCCCUUGGUUGUCACGUUGGCUUAGCAGAUGAGCACGCUGUAGAGAAAGUCAAGAGCAUGAAACUGUCACCCACCUAUGAGCUGUCCGGUGGUUAUAAACCUGCCCCUCUGGACCUGAGUCACAUCAAACUGACCUCCACCCAGGAAGCCAUGGUGGACAAACUGGCUGAGAAUGCGCACAACGUCUGGGCAAGAGAUCGCAUCCGCCAGGGCUGGACCUAUGGCAUCCAACAGGAUGUGAAGAGUCGCCGAAACCCUCGUCUAGUCCCCUACGUUCUGCUGGAUGAAAGAACCAAGAAGUCCAACAAAGACAGUCUAAGAGAGGCCGUCAGGACUCUGCUGGGAUAUGGAUACAACCUGGAAGCUCCUGACCAGGACCAUGCAGCUCAAUCUGACCCCAACAACAUAUCUACUGAGAGGUUUCGCAUUUUCAGAGCAGAAAAAACCUACUGUGUUAAUGCGGGGAAGUGGUACUUUGAGCUGGAGGUAUUAACAGGAGGAGAGAUGAGGGUGGGCUGGGCCAGGCCAGGGUGCCUCCCAGACCAGGAGCUGGGAUCAGAUGACCAGGCCUUUGUCUUCGAUGGCUUCAAGGUCCAGCGCUGGCACCAGGGUAAUGAGCACUUUGGCCGUGCGUGGCAGACAGGGGACGUGGUGGGCUGCAUGGUGGAUCUGAACGAACACACCAUGAUGUUCACCCUCAAUGGAGAAGUGCUGCUGGAUGACUCCGGAUCUGAGCUGGCCUUCAAGGACUUUGAAGUUGGUGAAGGUUUUAUCCCUGUCUCCAGUUUGGGUGUGUGUCAGGGGGGGAGAAUGAACUUCGGUAAGGACGUCAGCACUCUGAAGUACUUCACCAUCUGCGGCCUGCAGGAAGGCUACGAACCGUUUGCCGUCAACAUGAACCGGGACGUCACCAUGUGGCUCAGCAAGAGGCUGCCUCAGUUUGUUCCCAUCCCUCCCAACCACCAACACAUGGAGGUGACAAGGAUCGAUGGGACGGUGGAGUCGUGUCCAUGCCUGAAGGUCACCCAGAGGUCGUUUGGCUCACAGAACAGUUACACUGACAUUACCUUCUACAGGCUGAGCAUGCCCAUAGAGUGUGCAGAAUCCUUCUCCACAUCCCCAGCGAACAACAGCCUCUUCUCACCAAAGAGGGAGCUGGAGGACUUUGAAACUGUGUCAGACUUUGAGGUCCUGAUGAAGUCUUCUCAUGGUCCCAAUGGUCCCAAUGGACCUGACAGAGAUGAAUUCAACAACCACAAAGACUAUAACCAGGAGAAGCCUUCCAAACUCAAGCAACGGUUCAUGUUGAAGAAAAACAAGCCAGACAACAGCUGUCCGACAUCUGCUCGUCUGUCAGAGGAGGUGAUGGCUGAUGACAGAGAUGAAUAUGAAUUUCUCAUACAAGCCUCUACUCACUACUACUCCGUGCGGAUCUUCCCUGGUCAGGAGCCCAGCAGUGUUUGGGUGGGCUGGGUAACCUCCGACUUCCAUCAGUACGACCCAGGCUUUGAGCUGCACAAUGUCCGAACCGUCACUGUUACUCUGGGUGAUGAGAAGGGCAAAGUUCAUGAGAGUAUAAAGCGCAGUAACUGUUACAUGGUGUGGGCUGGAGAGAGCAGCAGUCCUGGUCAGGGGAGGAACAACAACGGCUUGGAGAUUGGCUGCCUGGUCGACACGACAAACGGAUUGCUGACAUUUACAGCCAACGGGAAAGAACUCAGCACCUACUACCAGGUGGAGCCCAGUACUAAGCUGUUCCCGGCAGUCUUUGCCAAGGCCACCAGCCCCAAUGUCUUCCAGUUUGAACUUGGGCGUAUUAAGAAUGUGAUGCCUCUGUCAGCUGGUCUGUUUAAGAGUGAGAGGAAGAACCCAAUUCCUCAGUGUCCUCCAAGGCUGCAUGUCCAGUUCCUCACUCCUGUAUUAUGGAGUCGCGUUCCCAACCACUUCCUCAAGGUGUCAGCAUCCAGAGUGAAUGACAGACAUGGCUGGCUGGUCCAGUGUAACAAACCUCUGCAGUUCAUGUCUCUGCACAUACCUGAGGAGAACAAGUCGGUGGAUAUCCUGGAGCUGUCAGAGCAGAGGGACCUAUUAAAGUUUCACUAUCACACCCUCAGACUGUAUUCAGCAAUCUGUGCUCUGGGAAACAACCGGGUGGCACACGCCCUCUGCUCUCACGUAGACGAGGCACAGCUCCUGCAGGCUAUAGAGAAUAAGUACAUGCCAGGUUUGCUACGUGCGGGCUACUACGACCUCCUCAUCGACAUCCACCUGAGCAGCUACACCACAGCUCGCCUCAUGAUGAACAACGAGUACAUUGUUCCCAUGACGGACGAAACCAAGAGCAUCACCUUGUUCCCCAAUGAGAAGAAGAAACAUGGCCUGCCAGGCAUCGGCCUCAGCACCUCCCUGAGACCCAGAAUGCACUUUUCAUCCCCGAGUUUUGUCUGUGGGAACGGACCGUCGUAUCGUAACGCCGGCAACAACGGAUCAGGAGACUGUUUCCAGUACAGCCCUGAGUUCCCCUUAGACGUACUGAAGAUGAAAACCAUCGAGAUGCUAACGGAGGCGGUGCGGGAGGGGAGCAUGCACGUGCGGGAUCCAAUAGGAGGCACCACUGAGUUUCUCUUCGUCCCCCUCAUCAAGCUGUUCUACACCCUGCUCAUCAUGGGAGUCUUCAAAAGUGGAGAUCUGAAGAACAUCCUCAGACUGAUUGAACCGUCCGUGUUCGCUGAAAGACGGGAAGGUCAGGAGGACACACACACGGAGCUGGAGGCGGUGAAGGAGGGGGAGACUGAGGGAAGAGGAGAGGACGGAGGGCGGAGCAUGCCUAAAGAAGGACUGUUACAGAUGAAGCUACCCGAACCUGUAAAACUCCAGAUGUGCCACGUGCUGCAGUACCUGUGUGACUGCCAGGUGCGCCAUCGUAUCGAGGCGGCGGUGGCCUUCUCCGACGACUUCGUGGCCUGUCUCCAAGACAACCAGCGGUUCCGCUACAACGAGGUGAUGCUGGCACUCAACAUGUCUGCAGCCCUCACUGCCAAGAAGACCAAAGAGUUCAGAUCUCCUCCACAGGAGCAGAUCAACAUGCUGCUGAACUUUAAGGACGAGAAGCAGGAGUGUCCCUGUCCUGAAUACAUCCGAGAACAGCUGCUGGACUUCCACGAGGACCUGAUGAGACACUGUGGUAUAGAGUUGGAUGAGGAGGGAGGGAUAGAUGGGGACAGUGACUUCACCAUCCGGGGACGUCUCAUGUCGUUGGUGGAGAAGGUGGCUUACCUGAAGAAGAAGAUGGGCAACCUGCCAAAGGAGAAAAAAGAAAGGAAACCCAGUACGUUGCAGCAGCUGAUUUCUGAUACGAUGGUCCGCUGGGCUCAGGAGUCAGUUAUUGAGGAUCCAGAGCUGGUCAGAGCCAUGUUUGUCCUGCUGCACCGCCAGUAUGAUGGCAUUGGAGGACAGGUAGGGUUUGAGCUUGUGCGUGUGUUUCUCUUAAUAGAGAUGCCAUACCAUUGAAGACCCUGUUUACGCCGCUACAUUAGAAUAUGACAUACGUGGGGCCUAAUGGUCAUCUGUCUCCUCUAAAUACUCAGCCAUGACAUUGUUGUGUUGGGGUACAGAAAGCAAGGGCGUAGGUUUGCAUAGGGUCCAUAGGGACUAGUCACGACCAAAGUUUGGG